UUCUUCACGUCCACUCCAACGACGUUUAAGCACCCUUCCAUCGUAUCACUAUUCUUCGCUAGUCGUAUUAUCAGCAAUAGUAGACCGAUCAUGUUCAAAAAAAGACGCUCCUGGGCAAGUAAUUUCUCCCAGCCAGCGACGGUGAAUUCCUCCGCUCGAGCACCGACCCAGCGUCAAAUCGCGCCAAACAGGUACCUCCAGCGACCGAAUCUACAGGCCCUCUUGGAACGGCUCUUCCCAGAUCAUCCAGAUUUGGAUUUCCACAUCCGAUGCGACGAGGAAAUCUGGUCGUUUGAUGCACCACGGGAGGUAACCGCAAGAGAGCUCAAGUAGGCAUUCUCCAACCCCUGAGUGAGCCUAAGGCUGUGCUGAGUGGCUGACUGAGGGACACGUUAUCGCUUCUAGGGAAGCGUCUGAUUGACAGAACUCACUCUUAGUGGUCAGAGUAGUGUGGCAGUGGAUAGUCGGAGGUGUGAUUGCUGAAAGGAAGCGCUUGGCCUUCUUUGAGCAAGGAUUGGCGGUGCAGGGCGCUUGGCUAUCGUGUUGCGAGGGCUUUUCUUCCUGCACCUGUUUUUUCUUCCAUCAUGCUGUUGUCCAGCAUAAUAUAAACACCAAAUGUUCGGCGUUGUUUAGGUCAGACGCUAUUGUAUUGUAUUAAUUGAGGUUUUUGAUUGCACAUUUCCCUUCAUUCCGUAAUUAGUUAGUUUACCAUCGCAAUGAUUGCCCAGGCCCAAGAUGUCGAGACACCAAUCCCUCAGCCCUUUAGUCCUUUCAGCUUGAUGCCGUACCAGGACGACUAUUGGUAUAGAGCACACGACCGCAAUUGUUUCAAGGACGAUGAAUCAAAUGUACAGGUUGACUGGACAGAUAUUGACGCAGAGCACCGCGCAACGAUGAGAGCAUUGAGGUCAUCAGCCGACAUACAAUCAUAUACAAGUCGGGCAGAGCUGCACCCAAGCGGACUUCGG